GAUUCAACACCUAAAGGCCAAGUUAGGGUGUUAUAGAGGUACAGGGUCUUAAAUACUAUAGUUUGUGUACCUAUAACCUAUUACAGACAUAUACAUUGGGUGACGGUACUUCAUGGAGGUUUCAAAAUAUCAGGAGGGCCACGGCGUUGCACUUCAACGUAAAUGAUAUUUUGAAAGGGCUGAGCAUACAGUAUACUAUGUUGAAAUCUUUACAUCAAUUAUAGAUAAGGCCUAGAUUUUUGCAAUUCCUGAAUGGAAUAAGAGUGGCUGAAUCGAACGCAUGGAGACGGGCAAAGGUAGGAUCAGCUGUAUCUCAUGUUAUCUGAGUCCUGUCAUCGUAGACUUGUGUUGUUUUGAUUUGAUACAAAUUCUUGUUGAGGUUAGGUUUGUAAUCAACGUUAUUACUUAUUGAUCAUCGGAGGAUGGAAAAUAACCUAGAAACAGAUGUUGUGCCUGAUUUUGAGCCUGGAGCCUCUAGUGAAAGUAUGCUGGUGACCACAGAUUCUUUUGAAGAACUAGAACAGGAAAUGGAUUCAAGUUUCGAUGACAGACAGAUGAAGGAAAGCACGACGAGCACUAUAAGUGAAAUUCAAGAGGAAUUAAAUGACACCACCGUCCCUGAAGAUUCAAGUUCUGAUCAAGAGGACAAGUUACUUGAAAACGAAGUGGGCGAGGUGACGUCACACCUGAGCGAGACGAGCCUGACGUCCACGGAGGACGGCAACACCACCGUGACUGUCCUGGGCGGAGCCAACGACGAAGAAAACUGGCAGAACCCCGAGUGGAAGUCGAGGAAGAAGCACGUCUUCAUCCUGAGUUCUGCGGGCAAACCCAUCUAUUCGAGGUUCGGAAAUGAAGACAAGCUGGUGACGAUAUUCGGCGUGAUGCAAGCGCUGGUGUCGUUCGUGCAGGCAUCUCAGGACACCAUCCGGUCGAUCCACGCCGGCAACUCCAAGUUCGUGUUCCUCGUGAAGGGGCCGAUCAUCCUGGUGUCGGUUUCCCGCACCGCCGAGAGCAUCUCACAGCUGGUGCUGCAGCUGACGUACGUGUACAACCAGGUGGUGAGCGUGCUGACGUCGACCCAGCUGACGCGCAUCUACGAGCAGAGGCGCAACUACGACCUGCGGCGGCUGCUGGCGGGGGCGGAGCGGCUCAUCGACCACCUGCUGGGCUUCAUGGAGCAGGAGCCGGCGUUCCUGCUGGGGGCUGUCAAGUGCCUGCCGCUGGCGCCCGCCACCCGCGACGCCGUCACCCAGGCCGUCGUGCAGACCUGCGGCAAGAUCAAGAACUUGGUGUUUGCCAUCUUGCUGGCCAACAACCAGCUCAUCACUUUGGUCCGGAUGAAGAAGUACUUCAUACACCCCGCGGAUCUGCACCUCAUAUUCAACUUGGUCAACUCUUCGGAGUCUUUCAAGGCUGCGGAGAGCUGGACCCCGAUCUGCCUGCCCAAGUUUGAUCCGAGUGGGUUCCUUCACGGGCAUGUGUCCUACCUGUCGGAUGACUGUCAAGCCUGUCUGUUGCUGCUGACGGUUGAUCGAGAUGUGUUCUUCACGCUCUCGGAAGCGAAACAAAAAAUUGUCGAGAAGCUGCGGCGGGGGAACUGCCUGGAGGCCAUCAACGAGUCGGCGGGCCGGCCCGGCUUCACGGCGUCGCAGGUGGGCGUGCCGGAGAUGCGGCACUUCCUCUACAAGUGCAAGUCGACGGCCCAGUUCUGGAGCCCCGGGCUGGAGGCGCCCUACCACACGCCCGGCGAGGCCCAGCGCCUGCUGGAGCUGUACCGGGCGCUGCACCACCGGCUCCACGCCCCCUCGCGGCCCCUCAAGCUGCUCCACCAGCAGCUGCACAGCGAGACCAUGCUGGCCUGGGUGACGUCAGGAUUCGAGCUAUACGUGACGUUCGAGCCACUGGUGACGAAGCACAACGCCAUCAAUGCGGUCAACAAGCUGCUGAGGUGGAUCAAGAAGGAGGAAGACCGCUUGUUCAUCCUCAACGCGCCCACGUUCUAAUGUUUUAACCGCAACUUUCCCCCGCCCGGCCUCGCCCGGCGGAGAGAGCGGUGUGCGCUGUCUCAUCGGACACCGCCGGUUUCCAGUUAGCGCUGGUAUUUUCGGUUGUCGAGGCCCCUUGAGAAUCGUGAGAGUGUGUCCUAAGCACUGACGUAGGGGCAGCUGUGGUUCAGUGGUCAGGUCGUGCCUCUCCCACCGAUGUGAUCUAGGUUCGUUUCCCGACAGCGUAGCACCUGAAUUUUUCGACAAGUAGGAAACAUGGCGGACGUUGGCUUGAGCCGGUAGGUUUUCUUGGGAUGCUCCCGUUUCCCCCCACCCAUUCACGCUGUCAGUGCUGCGAUCUCUUCUUAUCGUCUCUGAUGACCUUGAUGUCGACGACAUUUUAAGCCCUCUCAAUCAUCCGUUCCCCAGUAAAGACAAGUAAAAUGUCAUUGUUUGGACUAUGUUGGUGGUUUUUACCAGUAUGGCAGCAUUAGGUAUAUGUUCAGGGUGUCCACAGUUAGUACUUUCGUACUAGAUCUAGUACUUUUAUAAGUUUUUUAGUGGUCAAGUACAGAUCUAGUACUUUUUUCUUUAAUAUAAUAUUAUUACAGUAACUCCAAUAUGUUUUAUUAUUAAGCGUAAUUAUUUUUAAAAACUAUGAAAUGUAUGUGUGUGUUUGGUGUGAUAUGUUUAAGUUAGAGCAUUGCAAUGUCUUAAAAAAUAAUUUCCUAAAUUGUUAAAACCAUAACAAAUUAUAAUUUAGUACUUUUUUUUCAAAUCUAGUACUUUUUUUCUCGCCUAAGUUGGUACGAAAUAUUUUUUUCCUUGUGGACAUCCUGUAUAUGUUAAAAAGAUAUUUGAGGGGGUUGGGGGAUGGGACAGAUUCAACAUGGACUAAUUAAGCUGGUGCAAAAUGUAGCUGGCUGUAACUUCCUGUUCCCAGCUAGUACGAAGACUGCAUGAUGUUGGACGAGGUGGAGUUAAGAUUUAGUGAAAUGAAGGAAGGUUAAGUGGAAGGAAUACAGUGACGCUUUUGAGAAAUUUUCCCGCAGAGGAAGUGCCUGCCUUGCUACCUGCUGGGAAACGUCCUGUCAAGCAAAUUUAGCAGCUGUCAUGACCAUGAUUUUUUGUAGUCAUCUAACGCAGGUGUUACGUACAGGCAAGUUUAAAGUGCCUGCAGUUUCCUGAAGGUACACUGCUGUAGUGGGUGAUCUCUGCUUUCUCUGGCAAGCAUGAGGCCAGUUGCUCAGAAGCUUGAUGUUGCGGCAGAGUGUCGUACAGGUGAGUGAUUGGUGCUUAUAAAUGAAUGAAUGAAUGAACAAAUGAGCGAAUGAAUGAGCAAACAUAAUGGCUAGCGAUAGCAAAAACUGGGGAAAAAAAAACCUGGAAAAGUUAGGGAAUUUUUCACACAGUAAAAUGUCGGGAAAAAGUCAAGGAAUUCCUUAGGUGGCCAGGGAAUAUCUUUUAUAAUUUUUUUUCUUAAUGAGGUUACUGUUAAGAUAUGUAUUUUGGUUUGUGCCAUUACCAUGUAAACACCCUUGCUUUAUUAAAUUAUUCUUUCAUGCAUAGUUUUAACCUUGCCAUAAAUACACAUUUCUAAGCUAUUCAGUCAAUGUGUUUGAAUUUUCGAAAGUUUUAGACAAAUGACUGACAUUAGUUGUCAAGGAACAUUUUGAUCCAAACCUGGAAAAGACGGAGAAAAGUCAGGGCAUUAUAUUCGACGUAGAGCUUAUUACAGACAUCUGUGCUCCUGAACCAGAGUUAUCUUUAAUUGUCAGCGUGAAGGCUAUUAGCAGGGUGUAGUUUUACUUGGCUGGUGGAGUAUGCGUCUUACUUCUCUUCCCCACAUGUUGAUGUGUGGACAUUUUUGGCCAGGGAGUCAAUACUUCACUGGGAGUAUAGAGAGUAUAGAAUGAACCGUACAGAGCUGCUGCAGUGGCUUGGUGAAUAAUUUUACUACGUACAUUAUAAUUUUAAACAAAAAUAAUUUCCCUUACAAGUUUUUUUGUUAUUGUAUAUAUGUGAUCUAAAUUAUUAUUUUUGGACAUAUGCCAGUGUUGGUUUACAUUAUGUGCCACAGAAAAACCUUAAUGGUGUGUUUUCUUGCAAGAAUGGUGUAUUUCUGAAAUCUCGAAACUCGACCAGGGCACCUCUGGUGCAUGGGCUCCGGAGGAUUUUGUUCUUCCUGCCCUUUCCUCUCAACGACCUUGAGUUCGAGAGACCCGUGUGCUCCCUGACGGACGAGACGUCGAGGAACUUGAAGUGGACUGAAGUGGUGUGGUGUACCCUUGGCUAGGAUGCGAGCAGUUGCCGUGUUUGUUCGAGUUAGUUAGGGGAGGGCACAUGGUCUUGCCUACCCAUGGCUUCAACCCACCUCCUCCGCCAAGAGUCGGCGCUUGUUGGUGGGAAGAAAUUCCAAUUUCUGGCGAAGAAAAUGAGUCAGAUGGACAAGGGUUAUGUUCUCACAGUGAUGUAUUACUAGGGAAAAGAUUUAAGUGGUAUAUUGAGAUAAAACUGAACUAACACAUAAUGUGUGUCUGUACACCAUACAAACCGAAAUGCACCUUAAUGCUGGAUUUAUUUGUGAAAUAAAAAAUAAAAUAUAAUUUGAACAAAAUAUUACCUAAAACACAAAAGUUUAAGAUCUCAAAUUUAAUUAACCUUAUUAUUUUAGCAUGUAGUAGUUAAUAACAAAAUAUUCAGACCAAGCGGAUUGUAAAAAUUAAUUAUUCAUGAUCCUCCAAGUGAUUAUGCACCUAUUUGAGGUGCAAUUUGUUUGGCAGUUAAUUUUCUUUAAGUAAUGUGUUUUUGUUGCAUUAUUAAUCACACUUACAUAAAUACUAGUAACCUAGUCAACCUUGUGAGAAUCGGUAAGAACUUAUAUAAAAGGCUUUUCUAAAUAACAAAUUAAAUAAAUGAAAAUAUUAGAAACUAUUUCAAAAAUAUUCAUGCCAAAAGAGAACAAAAACAACAUGAGGUCACCAUGGCUUUCAUUUUACAUAAUCAGCUGAUAUACUGUGUUACACAUGAAAAAAAAAAAAACAUUAGCUAACAAAAAUAUCCUGAAAAUUUGGGAAGGGCAGUCUACUGCAAUGCCACAAAAUUUACUGAAUUUUAAUUUCUGGUUUGUUUGUAUAUAUCCUACAAGAUUUUAUUUAAAUAAAAAGAUGAAUUGUGUGUGUAUGUAUGUAUGUGCACACACAGACAUAUACAUACACAGACAUCUUCUUUUGAUAAAAAAUAUCUUUUAGGAAAAUUUUAUUAAGUCCCAGAAAAAGUUUUGAAAUGGUUUCGUCAGGUUUUCUGUAGACAUCGUGACCUUCGCUUAAAACAACUGUGAAAUAUUUAUAAAAUACUUAUAGUUUGUUAGCUUAGUGGACAGUUUAAGGGCAGUACUAUUUUUCCUGAGACUAUUUUUAAGAAUCCAUGGAAUAAUUAACAACCAAGUCUUUGGUUAUUUUGUGUGCAGUGUAUGAGGUGAUGUUUUUUUUUCUAAACCCGUAUGAUAAUUAUGCAACUGGGAAUACUAGUAAACAAGAUGAGUGUUUUAAUGGUGAUGACAUAUUGCCAUUGCCUUUAAAAAUAUGGAUGUUGUUCGUCUGCACUAAAGGUAUGUCUUAGUGAGAAACAUUAGUGUCAUAUUUGACAGAACAAAAUUUCAACCAUGUAAAAUUAAAAGGACAAAACCGAAAAAUUAGAUUUAUAAAACUCGGAUGUACCACAUGAGAAGUGGUGAUGAAAUAUAAAUACAGUAUUUGACAUUUGUUGGUGUUUUAUAUUGAUUGGUUGUUUAUACUGAACUUAUGUGACGAAAAUCUUACUCAUGUCAUAACUGUAUUUGUAUUUGUAUUGUUCUGUUGAAAAAUUUAAUUUGAGUUGUAUUUUAGUAGGUAAAACCUGUAUAAAAAAACAUAGUUAUUAUUAACAACAAACACGCUGGAAAUGUAUUGCAUCAUGACUUAGAAUAAUUAUGUAUUUUAAAUUUUAGAAACUAUAGGUAGUUUUUUUUAGAGAAAUUCCAUUGCUGAAUACUCCACAACCAUUGUAAUCAAUAAAAAAAUUGCCAGAAGCAUCAGAAUUGUAAUAGGCGGUGCAAAAAGUUGUUUAAAUAGCUUUAUGCCUGUCUAGGUGAUUUUCCUCUUAUACCCCAAGAUAUGGUCAGUAUUUCAUUCUGGAAAAAAUUUUUUUUGCAUCUUUGAUGUUGCUGUGCGUAUUCAUGUGAUGAUUUUGCCGAAUGUAGCGUAAUCAGAUGUUUCUUUACAAAAGUAUUUUGCGAACACCCAAGGUAACUAUUUUUAUUUAAUUAUAUAGUUAUGUCUUAAAAUUUUUUAAUGUGGGCCAGGUGCUAAUUGGAAGUUUGUAACAGUAGUGAGAGUAUUGCAAAUUACACUUCCAGAGUUCCAAAAAGUUGAGUCCCAGAGUUAUGGUAAAUGUAAUAAGGCUAAUUGAAAUGUUAUAUGGCAUUGCCUUUUGGAUUAUUGUUUUUUUACAUGUUUACCGUGUCUUGAAUACUUACUUAUAUUACUCAUUCCAACUAAAAAAUUAAUUUAUAUUUAUUAUUUGUAUUAUUUUAUUACUGGUACUUGCAUGGUAUUUGGAGAUAUUUUUAGUACCUGUAACAUUUAUGUGGAUUUUUCUGUUACAUUUGAACAUAUGAUUUAUUGUUAUACUUUUUUGUAAUAGUACGUAGGUAAAAAGUACUUAUGCUUGGAUUGUAAUGUAUGAACAUGUAAGAAUGCUAGUGCCAUAGUGCCAUAGUGUUGCUCUCUCUGAUUAUCGAAAGAUGUGUGGUUUUUCAGCAAAAAUACAUGCGUAUAUUGUUCUGGUCA